UAGUGCAGCCGAUAAACUGUCGGAAAGUGCAGAUACGUGGAGGCCUGGAGUCGAACGGACGGCCAAAGGGCUUUGGCGUCGCCGUUGUAGUUUAAAGCGAUUGUCCGAGGGCUCACAGCGCUCGGCUAAAAGGAAAUCCAUCCACCAGUUUUUUAAUUCCGCCUUAGUGUAUACGUCCGCCAUUUUGACGGCGGGGAUAAAUAGAUUUCUAUUCGUGAUUCUCGGCCUCGGAUCAAGCCCCAGUGAAAUUAAGUCAGGAUACUUAAUAAUUGCAAAAUAAACUCUGCUGUCCAGAGUAUUUUGAUUCUCCGUUGCGGUCCAGUCGAGAACUUUUCAAAGCAUUUACCGCCGAAUAGUCUCAUAUCCAAUGAGGUUACACUCUUUUACCACCCAUUUCUUCCCCCCUAGAAAUGAUCCACAAGAAAUAUGCUGCUUCAGUUCAAAAUGGGUGAGAAAGAUAUGGAGGAUUUCCCAUUUACAUUGACUGCCCAAGGUCUUGGUUCACAAAGAAGGCCUGCUGAUUACUGCUCUAGGUUGUGUGCUUUCUUCAAUCCCACCCUUGUGCAUCUGACUUUUCAGAAUGGCUGUCAGGUUGAUGAGGAUGCUGAAACCUUUGUUGGGAGAGGGGGUUCUUGGCUGGAGCAGCCAGUUUUUGUUCAAGAAUGAUCAUCACAUGAGGAGUAAUAUUCUAUGGCCUAAUUUUGCCUGAGCUCACAUCUGAAGAAACGACUUUUCUGAGACCUACUGUGACAUGCAGCAAUUGGAGAGAAGGCAUCUAACAAGUCUCUACAACAUCAUUGAUUAACAUUCCACAAAAUUGAAAUAUGCAAUCUGACCAGAGAAAUUUUGCACAAAUCAGUGAUGCAAAUGCUUUUGUAGAUUCAAAUAGCAAGAAGUGUUGUAGAAAGAAACUAAGUUUGCCUACAGGAAAUUUUUUACAAAAGGACAAAGGAUUUGUAGCACAAAAGUGUGCACGGUCUUCAUCUAUACCUUCAGUGACUGUGAAUAAACAUGUGAAUAAAGAGUCUUCGCAAGAAUUGAAAUUGAAACUUAAAAAUGCAAAAGUUGUUCUGUCAAGAUUAGAUGUGAAAAAAAAGAUCUCUCCAUACUUACUUGUAAAUCAAAGUAAAACAUCACUAAGUAGAAGCCAGACUGCAAGGAAAUCCCUGAGGAGAGAAAGCUUAGCUCAGGUGGACCAUCGGGUUAUUUCUUUCAAGGAUAGUUCUGUGCAACAGUCAUUGGGUGAGACAUCUAAAACUUCAGAGGGGGUAGCAAAAGCUGUAUUAGUAAAGGUUCUACGUUUUAGUUGUGAAAAAUGUAAAGACGGUGCUGAAUACAACCCAAAACAGUUACUGAAACAUUAUCAGGAAUUGCAUGCUGCAGACUUACCUGUAUAUCCCUGUGAGUUGUGUAGUUUUACUGCUAAUGAUUUUCAGACACUGAGCCAACACCGAUUGAAACAUCGUACUCCUCUUCUUAAGUGUGAAGUUUGCAACGAUGGUAAAAUGUAUACUCUACAAGAGCUGAGAAGGCAUUUAAAUUGGAAACAUGGUGUAAAUGGUAAUUUUCGCUGCGAAAAGUGCCGAUUUUCUACUAAGGAUCAAGGCACUUUUAUUCAGCAUAUUCACCGACAUGAUGUGAUUCAGUACAAAUGUGGUAAAUGUGAGCAUGUAAGUUACACAAAAGGUGAGUUUCAAAGACAUCUUGUUGUACACACAGGUGCAUUUCCAUUUUGCUGUCAAUACUGCAAAUAUGGUGCAACACGUAAAGACUAUAUUAUAAAACACAUUAAUGCUGUCCAUAAGGGUCUGGCCGAGGGUAGCAGUUCAAAAACAGAAAUGGAUCCAUGCCAAAAAGGAAAAUUGAAGAAUUCAGCGGGUCUCAAACUUGUUCUGAAAAGAUACAAAAAUGGGGUGUCUCGGAAAGCUCAAUGGAGGAAAAAAAGGCACAUCCCGAAUUUGGCUCCUACAAAGGAUAAUGCUAAGAGAUCUGAUGAUGCAACAAAGAAAGUCAGCUAUCAAGAACAACAGUCUCGACCAGCUGUAGUCUCACAUUCGAAUGAAGAAGUAGUUAGUCCUAAAGAUAUCAGCGCUGAGAAAGAUGAAAUUCCAGGACCAAAGCCAACAGCUUCUACUAGCUCUCCACAGAAGACAGCCGAUGUAAGUGGUUCUAAUCAAAAAGGCAGUAAGGUAGUCUCUCCUCGGGCCCCUGUUGUAAUACUAAAGAACAAUAAAUUAUCAGUGCCACCUAAUUAUAGUGCUCAAUUUAUGGGCUUCAAAGUAGUAAGUGGCAAACAACAUUUAGUAAUAAAGCUAAUGCCUACAUGCAAACAAAACUUAAGUGCUUCAAAUUCUCAAACCCUAGCCAGUAAUGGCAACUCUCUCUGUUUGCCUCAGAAUGCAGGAAAUUCAAACGUUAGAUUACCUGGUACAAAUGCAUCAAGUGUGAAUGCGCAGUCCAUUAGAUUAUCAAAUCUUUUCACAAGUCAGCCUCGUGCAUUCAUGGUAAUGGAUAAUUCUGCGGAAUCAAAGAUGCAUACUUCAGGACCUCAGGUAUCUCACGUAUCUUCUGUAACCAAUGGUAAAUUUACUCAGGUUAAAACAUUAGAACCAUUGUUUGCAGGCAUGAGCUCAUCUCAAACAGGAAAAUUAUUACCAACAUCUUCAUCGAAUCUAACUGAGGCUACAGUAAAUAAGGAUAUGCCAGAUAGCCAGGUUAUACAAAACAAGACGACAACUUCAGUAAAAUCUUCAGUUUCAAAUAAUAGCCCAACACGGACAUUAGCAUCUUCAACCAUCAGCCAGAUUGCAAUCCCUUUGAGGCAAUACUUAAAUGAGCAGACAUCCAGUGGAAAGAAGAUGUCUCAGUCGGAUUGUGAUGCCUCAUUACAGUCCAUAAACGGCACCCAUUUGCCUUUUAUUCACAAUUAUGCUAAGGUGAACAUUUCUACUUCAAAACAAUCUGGUGGUUUGAUAGUACAAGGAGAUAAUUCAAAGACAGGAAUGAUUUCACAACAAUCAGAAGCUGUUCCUCAAAGUUCCUUUAAGGCUGAAUCAAGCUCUGGACAGCCACACAAAGUAGAAGCUAGUGGAAUUCAAGUGUCAAAUCUUCAACAACUACAAUGUAUUGUAACUUCUCAAGCCUCUAUAAUUCCAAAAUAUGGUCUAUUAAAUGGAAAAGUUUCAACAGCUGGUGUUUCAAUUUCCAGCAAACCAUCAUUUACAAACGUUCCUUCCCACGUGCUGCUUGGCUGUCGAAAUCCAGGUGGCCAAGGUUUGAAUGAACUUAAUUCACCUAUACUUCUGCAAAUGCUAGAACCUUCUGAAAUAGUUAAUGAAGAAUCUGAUGCAGAGAGCAAAUUGGUGUCAUCAAAAAACAUCCCUAUGUCAUCUACAUUAUGUACAAGUUCUGCUACAUCAAAUUGUAAUUUCCUUUUUACUUCAAGUGAACUGGGCGCUGAAACUCUAAACAUACAAUGUGAUGAACUCUGUAAUAAUUCUAUGGUUAAUUAUAACCUUAAUUCUUGCAGUGCACUAUUAAAUGCAACUGCUUCAGAACAAAGUAUCUGUCCUAUCAAUGUAAAGGAACCUAACCAAGUUAAUUAUGAGAAAUGUUUGUAUAAUUUGAAUAAUUUCCAUGCUACAGAAGUACCAAUAUCAGGCAUGUGCCAGUCUGCAGCGGAGGCUGAAGCAUUAAAAAAAGUCACUGUCAGAAGUUGUACGACAGUGCAGAGCCAACAAGAACUUAGGGAAUGUAAUAGUAAUUGGUCUCCAAAAGAUUGGGCCUGUGAUUCCGAGGCAAAUACUAAAUUGCAAAAUACGGAAGAGGAUGAAACAAUUUCAGAAUUAUUUUUAGAAAAAUCAAAUUGUAGGAAAGUAGAUGUAGAGAUGAUGGACUCCUAUACCAAAGAUAACAUGAAUCAGACUGUCUCUGCUGAAGACUUUUUGGAAGAGCAAGUUAGUGAUUCUGAUGGCAGUGUGUCCCCAGUAAUGCCUAGAAUCACAUCUGUGUUCUCAUUGCGGACUGGGGAUGGAAUGAGUUGUUUGGCUCCUGAAGAAAAUCAGUUACUACUUAAUGCAUUGAAGGGUACGUCCAUAUUUGGUGAUGAAAAUCCUUGCAGUGAACCACAGUGUCCCAAAAGUAGUCCAACUAGUUUUCUAGAGAGACAGACCAGUACACAUACUGCAACAAAUAAAAUGGCUUUACAUAAUUAUUCUAUUAAGGAAGAGUCUUGGGCUAUGCAGUUGGACUCUCUAAAUGAUAGCUGUGUUUUAGAUAAUGAGAAAUGUCUUGGUGAGAGAAGUGUGCCGCAGACUCCACCUAAAUCAAGCAGUUGCAUGCCACCAAAUGUUGAAAAGCUGAAUACACUGUUAAAGACUCAUUCUGCUGAAAUAAUUAACCAGCAGUUGAUAAAGGAUGCAAUUCGUACUUCUGCUAAUGGAGGCAGUAACUCAUCUGUAGCACCUGUUGCACUUUUGGGACCUUUACGCCUUGCUGGCAUCACUAAGCCGCUUUUAAUCCAGCCAUCACAGAAAGGUUCUGCAGUGCCCUUGCAUUUGACAAAGCAAUCCCGCUUGCAAGUAGUUUCUGGGGGAUCAAUUCCACAAACAAAAGUUGUUACUGGAAACUCUGCCUCCCUGCCAGAUAAGGGGCCUGGCUUGAUACUUACUUUCAGUAAUGGAACACUUGGUGCAGUUGCUAGCAUUGUUUGCGGUGGUAACCCUCCGAUAUUGGAUAGUACACGUGCCAGUAUGCAAGGACAAACACUGGUAACUGACAAAAGUCGACAAAAUACAUGUCCAUUAACGAGUAGUUCCAGAGUAGGUUGUAUGAAGACCACACCAGUAAAUGUUUUGUCUUCCAAAGACUCUUUACCUAAAGGUUCAGUUUCUGCAGUGUUUGAUCAUCAUUCUUAUGCAAAGCUUGCUUUUGAUACUAAUGACAGCCAUUCGGCUGAGAAAGGUUCAUUAAAUAUAAAUGGUCAGGAUGCACAUUUAUGCGGUGAACAACUUGAAAAUGUUAAAUCAACUGUAUCAAAUAAUUCAUUGUCAUUUCCACUGAGACAGGAGGUUGGUUUGGGUAAUGAGGGCAUGCAGACAAAUAGAAGUACUGAAAAUGAACCAGACCAACAAACUGUUGUGCUUCAGUGUAUUAUGCAGAAGAAACCUACUGGGGUUACAAGUGAAGAAACGGUAGCCAAUUCUAGUUUCAUGCCUGAAGAAAAUGGACCACUUAAGAAGAUUUUAUUGCGAUUUGUUAAAAGUUCUAAUGGGGAGUCUGGGAUGAAGGGCAACCAAUUUCUGAAAAAUCCAGUGGCAUUUCACAAUGAUGCAGCAGGCAGCUUUACUAAGCCUUUACAGCAACCAACUCAGGCUGUAUUGUUUACUGGUGGCUCUCCAUGUAUCCUGUUACCAGUGAGUAAACCUGUGCCCUCAAUUCCUGCAAAUGAUGGCAUCCCUCCCCAAAUCCAUGCUCAGGCUUCCCUUAAACUUCCCAUUCCUCCAGCUCUCCGAAGUUCAUCAAUUCGUUCUGCUGAGAGAAGAAAUACCAAUAAAGCCUCUUCAGUUACUUCACAGAGGUCUGCAACAAAGUCAAACUGCCGAUGGGAUAAUGAGAAAUCUGAUGAACUGUGGCAACCACGCAAGUCAUGUAAUGAAAAUUUUGUAUUCAGAUACAGCAAACGAUUAAAAAACAAGUUGGAGAAUUCUGAAAAUCCACCAAAGAUGGUAACCAGUAGCUUCAGUCAGCUUAAAGGAACAGAAGAGAGGGAACAAAACAAACCACCUGAAGUUAACAAUAUGGCAUCUAGUCGUAGAAUUGUGAAAACCCUAAGGCUUGUACCUUUUGAUCAUGGGCAGCUUAUUAGAUGCCCUAGAAGAAAUCAGCCUGUGAUAGUGCUUAAUCAUCCUGAUGUUGAUGUACCUGAAGUGGUUAAUGUCAUGAAAACCAUUAAGAAGUGUAAAGGAAAUGUUCUCAAAGUAGUUUUAUCAAAAAGAACAAUUUGUGCUUUGUUGAAUUCUUGCAGCAGUGUGCAAGUAGCUACAAAAGGGUUCCUCAUCAAUCAGUGCAAAAAGAUAAAACCAGUGAGCCCUGUGAAAGAAAGAUAUGUACUGAAGUUAAAGUUGAAAAAGACAAGCAAGAACAAUUAUCAGAUUGUGAAAUCCAUUUCAAGUAAAACUAUUGACGCUAAAUUCAGCUGCUGGUUUUGUGGCCGAAUAUUUGAUAACCAGGAGGAUUGGGUGGGUCAUGGUCAACGACAUUUAAUGGAAGCUACGAGGGACUGGAAUAUCUUGACUUGAUAGUGGAUUAAAUGCCUGAAAAAGAUCCAGGACUCUGAAAGUGAUGUGUGAUUUUUAUGUUUUACGUAUGUCCAAUUCAUUAAUGCACCACUUCAGUUGUUAAUGUGAAUUUACUUUGAGAGGAACUGUUAGGGGUAUGUCUUCUGGAACCUGAAUGAUGAGAAUGUUCAAACCUGAAUGUACUGAAGGCUUUUAUAGAAUGUUAGUAGUGUUUUCAUAGUGGGAACUGUUUGUAACAGUGGUUUUGGCACAGUAUUGGGAUUUGCCUAAUACUAUAAAUAACUGAAUAAAUGCACUCUUCAGAAUCACUUCAGAGAAUUUGGUGCAAAUAACAAUAUUUUUAAAGUUUUUGAUUUUUUAUUUUGAUCUAAAAUCUUCAGUAAGGAGGGGUAUUACUGUUUGUGGUAGAAAUGUAUAUUAUGAUAGUUGAGAAUUUUGGCUCAAUCAAUUGUAUUUUGCCCUAAUUUACAUGUGCUGCUUAGCACAAUUGUGUGUUGGACUCAGCAAAGACAAUCAUUUGUACUUCUAACCUCUGUUUGCUAUAUGAUGAGAAUAAGUUACCACAAAUGAUUAAACAAACUUUUUAGAUUUAGAAACAGUCAACACCCAGUUUUCUGCUGUCCUGAUUACUCUCUAUGCAGUGAAUUGUAAUAAAAUGUAGAACAUAUUUGGUACUUUUUUCAUUUAAUACAUUUAUUUUGUAUCUUUUUAUGUACAUGCAGCGAGGUAAGCAGUGCGGUUGGGAUAAUUCAUGUAUUUGGUUUCCCUUUGUGUUUAUUAUUGUCAAUAAGGUAUCCACGUCCUUAAAGUGAACCAGAAUUUUGCUCGGAUAUAUCUUGAGGCACACACUUUUCAGGAGAUGUAUCACUAGCAUGCUGCAAUGACCCCAUAAAGCAGCAACUCAUUUUUUGCACUCCUCAUGUGGCCUUAAAGGAGGGUCGUGUGUGGCUGUAAGUUCAAUGUGUGGCAGGUGUAGAGUUAUUGCAGGACCAUGGCAAAAGAGGAAGAGAUUGGGAUUAAUUGGAGAUAGCCCUUUCAAAGAGCAUCAUGAACUGAAUGGUCUCCUCCUGUGCUGAGAUACAAUGAUUCUAUGACACCAUUGGUGUAAAAAUCAAUAAUUGGGAUGAGAUCUGAAAUGCUAUAAAUGUCAGGAUGGGUGCACACACCAGGUGCCCUUGACCACCCCAGGCACAGAAAAAUUUUGGCUGGUUUGCUCAUUUAACCUAUGCACUGUUUUCCACCUCUUCAAACUAACAGAUGCCAAUGUUAAGAGAGGGAGUUAUGGAUGAAAAAGAGGUAGGUUUGUAUAUAGUUCUUUUAUCUCUGGUAACAUAAUUUGAAAACAAAUGCAAAUUAAUAUGGAUACAGUUUGCUCAUCUGUCUUCGUAUUAUCUUUUGAGUAGCUGCUUGCAAUUGAGUCUGUCUGGCCUGCUUGUCCUGUUUAAAGUGUGCAUUUAUUGGUGAUCUGUCCAAACUAUUAUAAUUCAGUAGUCUUCUUCCUCUGCACCCUAAAUUGACUGUGAAACACUGAAAAUUGUGCAGUGGCAGAAUUUAUACUGUUUAAUGUAGAAUACAGUUCAGUAGUCUGAAUUUGGUAUUCCAUGUAGGAUUUCUAUUCCUGCAGAUGUGAAAGGUACUAGUAGUUUGCUAGGUUUCUGAUAUUUGGAAGGGGCAAUAUUACAGAAGUGUUCUAUUUUUCUAUUAAUUGUAAAACCAUGCCUACUUGUAAAGAAAACCUGUGUUUUUAUAACAAAGUAUAAAAAAGGCAAAUAUUUAUGUAACAUUAAUAACUUGGGUUAUAUUUUUACAGUAAUGGUUCUUUGCUGUACUAAGCAGUUUAUAAAGUAAACCCUGGUUUUGAAACACCAUUUCGUUGACUAGUAAAUGCACCAAAAGGAAUGUUAGAUUUGGAAUUUGUUUAAUGUAGGCAGGUUUUUUGCUUCAGUUUUUAGUAUGUGUUUCUAAAUAAACCAUUGCUUGCUGGAGCUGAAAUUGGAAUUUUUUUUUUUUAUAUAUUGGAAAUGGAUUUGAGUGAGUUCCAAAUAACCAGUGUCAAAACCGUAAUACUUUUAAAAAUAUAUAUAUUUUAUAGCUAUGCACUACCAAUAUUGGGUUAUUUCUUUCAAGGUCAGCUUUUACAAAUGCACGCUAUUUUGAAUACAUCUAUGUACAUUUUCUUCAGAAAUAAAGUUAAUUAAAACAA